UUUUUGACAAAGUUCAAAUAAUUUAUCAUGGUAUGUUUAGUAACUACCGUUGACUUUAUAAGGCAAGUGACACCUCGCGGUUUUAUUGCCGUGUUUACUGGAGAACACAACACUGAGAUGCUGUUUUAACCCUGGCCGUCUGAGGGCUUGAGAUGUGCUGUUUUAACCCUGGCCGUCUGAGGGCUUGAGACGUGCUGUUUUAACCCUGGCCGCCUGAGGGCUUGAGACGUGCUGUUUUAACCCUGGCCGCCUGAGGGCUUGAGACGUGCUGUUUUAACCCUGGCCGCCUGAGGGCUUGAGACGUGCUGUUUUAACCCUGGCCGCCUGAGGGGUUGUGCUGUCAGGGGUGUCACUGGGUUGGUUGAAGCAGAGAGGGGGAGAGAGAAGAGCACAUCCCAGCUGACGGUCCUCUCAUUGAGUUACAGCCUCUGUGCCAUUCAGGUCACUCUCCAGAGAGUGUGGUAUUAUGCUGAUGCCACACAUGCCCUGCACCCCAUCCAGAUCUUUGAGGUUGAAUGAGAGAGAGACACCAUCUACGCAGUGCUGCCCACGAGCCCCACUGUGCAAAGGUCGUCAGGGGAGACGAGGAGCGGGGAGAUGCUAGAGCUGCGGAUGAGUGACAUUGGAGCUGAUGUGUUGGAGCUGCUGCUGGAGUUUGUCUACACAGGUUCUCUGGUCAUAGACUCCGCUAACGCCAGGACACUGCUAGAAGCUGCCAACAAGUUCCAAUUCAACACCUUCUGCAAAGUCUGUGUGUCCUUCCUAGAGAAACAGCUAACAGUGGGGAACUGUCUAGGUGUGCUGGCCAUGGCUGAAGCUAUGCGAUGUACAGAGCUCCACAACAUGGCCAAAGCUUUCGCACUGCAGAACUUCCCUGAGGUGGCGGGGCAGGAGGAGAUUCUGUGUGUGUCUAAGGAGGACCUAGUGGCCUACCUGUCUAAUGAUAGCCUCACCACCAAGGCUGAGGAACUGGUCUACGAGACCGCCAUCAAGUGGAUCAAACAAGACCCCACCGCCAGAGUUCAGCACGUGUCAGAGUUGUUAGCGGUGGUUCGUCUUCCCUUCAUUCACCCGUCUUACCUGCUGAACGUUGUGGAUAACGAGGACUUAAUAAAGACGUCGGAGGCGUGUCGAGACCUAGUCAACGAAGCCAAGAGGUAUCACAUGUUACCUCACGCCAGACAGGAGAUGCAGACUCCUAGGACACGACCACGGCUAUCUGCAGGUGUGGCAGAGGUGAUAGUGUUAAUCGGUGGUCGUCAGGCCAUCAGUAUGAACCAGCGCUCUCUGACGGCGGUGACAUGUUUUAACCCUCAGAACAGUAAGUGGUUCCCAUUGGCCAGCCUGCCCUUCUACGACAGAGAGUUCUUCAGCGUCAUCUCAGCUGGGGACAACAUCUACCUGUCAGGUGGGACAGAGUCGGGGGUGAUGGUAGCUGACGUGUGGUGCUACAUGUCUCUAUUGGACAACUGGAAUCUGAUGUCCCGUAUGACGGUGCCUCGCUGCAGACACAACAGUCUGGUCUACGAUGGGAAACUCUAUACCAUCGGAGGUCUGGGUGUGUCAGGAAACCUGGACCAUGUAGAGAGGUACGACACCAUAACCAACCAGUGGGCGAUGGUGUCUCCGCUCCCCAAGCCGGUGCACUCUGCAGCAGCCACAGUGUGUGGGGGGAAGGUGUAUGUGUUUGGAGGGGUGAACGAGGCGGGACGAUCAGCAGGAGUACUACAGUCAUACGUCCCUCAGACCAACUCCUGGAGCUUCAUAGAGUCACCCAUGAUAGAUAAUAAGUAUGCCCCGGCAGUCACUCUGAACGGACACAUGUUUAUUCUGGGAGGAGCGUACGCCCGGGCCACCACAAUCUAUGACCCGGACAAGGGUAACAUCAAAGCCGGACCUAAUAUGAACCACUCACGACAGUUCUGCAGUGCAGUGAUCCUGGAUGGUAAGAUCUAUGCGACGGGGGGCAUUGUGAGCAGCGAGGGUCCUGCCCUGGGGAACAUGGAGACCUUUGACCCCCACACGAACAACUGGACGCUCCUCCAGUCACUGCCCUGCCCUCUCUUCAGACAUGGCUGUGUCGUCAUCAAGAAGUACAUCCAGAGUGGCUGAGACCAUUUGUCUCAGGGGGAUGAAUGAGUUUCCAGAAAGCUAGCCAAUGUGGCAGUUUGUCUCUCUCUACCCAGACCACAGCAAAGUUCAUUUAGUGAAACAGAUUUGACAAUUAUUGUUUCUUCUCUCUGCUGUGGACCUGGGUUGUUUAGAGAAAAAGUGCCACGUUAGCUAUGAAGCUUUUGGGAAACUCACCCCUUACCAGUCUGGUUGGGACAGGACACUGUGCAGCUUUUGGGGGUCAACCAGUCAGCACCGGACUAUCCAACUACAACACCCCCAGGACUUGAUGCCAGCAUUGUUGUCUGAACACCCCCCCCACCCCACCCCCCCAUGCAGACAUCUUAUCUUGAACCACUCUGCCAUGUUAGGAACUGGUGCCUAAGCUACUGUAUGUAUUAUAAAGUAUAGCUUAAAGGAAUUUGUCUGGAUUUUGGCAUUUAGGCUCUUUAUCUACUUCCCCAGAAUCAGAUGAACUUGUGGAUACCAUGUUUCUGUGUCCAGUUUGAUAACUAGCGUUAGCACCUCCAACUUCCUUCAUACACGACACAGAAUCCACAAGCUCAUCUGACUCUGGGGAAGUAGAUAAAGGCUCUCAUUGCCAAAAUAUCCCCUCAUUAUAUAGGCACAGGGGUGCUCCUUGGUUUGUAGUUCCCAGCUUCUUGCUAACUAGUCUUUGGUUUGAUUUUUAAUUCUCUCCCUUCAAUUGAACUUGAAAGGCCCUUUGUGUUCCUGACUCAAGUAUAUUAAAAGCCAUCCCAGUCUUUGUUGUCACUUAGUGGUUUCUGUUACGGAGGUAAAAUGUGUAAGGACAGGAGAGAUGCAGGGUUUUAGAAAGAGCAGCCUUGUUAUUCUCUGGAUGUCCCCCCGGGUUUAUAAGGACACAUUGGAUACUUUCUGGGCCAGAAAGAUGACUUAACUGGCAGCACUGAAGGUAGGGUGGCCCUGCAUCUUGACAUCAGACACUCCAACGGGGCAUUUCUCCUCCACGCAGCCAAAGCACAAUAACCACCUGUGGCUCAAGGAUCAAACUGUUUCACCUGCGCUACAUAAAUUGAAAGGCAAGGUUCAUGGAGGCUGCAUAUGUCGGAUAAAUCGGAAAUUUGUCGCGCAGUGCCUUCAAACUAUUUAUACCCCUUGACCUUUUCCACAUAUGGUAUUGCGUGUAGAAGUGUUGACAUUUCAGCUUUUAUUUUGUAAAGU